AUGGAGUUUUUAGCUUCAAAGAUACUUCCGUUUGAUGUGCGCACCACUGUCACACAAUUCUGGCGCUGUAUGGCUCAACCGCAUCUUAAACUUCGAGAAGGCCACUACUCGUUAAUCGACGGGACGGAAGAUACGUUGUCGGCCAAGAUGGCAUUCACAGUGCAAUAUCAACAACAUCAAGUGCAAAAAGACGCCUGGUUCGCAGUAAAACGUUUUAUUGAAGAAGACAGGUGUAUCUUUGUGUGGGCCUGUGAAACGAACGUUAAAGGCACUCUCAGCAGAGCUCAGAGUAUGCAUCAUCACGACACGGGAUGGACGUCUAUCGAACUGCGGACUGAACUACCUGAGGUGAUGCCACGCAGCCAAGAGGAACUCAUGCUCCUCACGGAUAUUGUGACUAGCUCGUUCCUGGAGAACCUUGAUGGCAUCCACCAGUCUGUAGAGGACGCGCUUAUCGAAGAUGCCAUGAGAAAGUAA